AUGUAUAAAAAUCCAAAUUCCCUCAGUUAUUACGCAGAACGAUUAGAAUACAAUCCAGAAAAUCAAUUCGAGUCUAUUACUGUAGGUAUGUGGUGGGCUUUGAUUACUAUAAGUACCAUCGGUUAUGGUGAUUCUGUUCCCAAAACUAGGUUGGGUAUGGUUGUUGGCUCCUUAUGUGCAUUAAUGGGUCUUUAUUAUAACAGAGAAGACAUAGACGUUCUCGAAUUGGGCCGACGUUCAAGGCCCAAUUCGCAAACACAAAAGACCUCCUUAGAAGAAAACAAAUACGCCCUUUCCAUAUUCAUCUCCAAGUUUUUUCAAAAAAAAUUUUCAGUUCCAGUAAUCGUUGCCAACUUUCAAAAUAUUUAUUCACACAGUAAAGCUCGUUCUAAAUUACCCAAAAGGCGUCUAAAAGUACUCCAAAUGUCGGAAAUAAAGGCUAAAGAAAGGCAACAACAAAAUCGGUUUUUGUCAGCUUGGAAGAAUAAUAAUUUAGACAAAUUUGGGAGUAAAACAACAGCAGCUCUUCUAGGGACUUUAACUGGUGAUUUAUCCCCAGCUGUUGCUAUUGCUGCUGGUUGGUAG